AUGCCGAAGGGGCGGCGCGGCAGCCAGAACCCCAAGAUGAGCCAGCGGCCUGCUCCGCCCCUCUACUUCCCGUCGCUCUAUGACCGGGGCAUCUCGUCGUCUCCGCUGAGCGACUUUAACAUCUGGAAGAAGCUCUUUGUGCCACUGAAGGCGGGCGGGGCGCCGGCGGCCGGGGUGGCGGGGAUAGCGGGGGUCAGACCCCUGCCUCUGGCACCCCCAGCCACGGUGCCGCCGCCGCCUGGCCUGGGUCCCCCCAGCGAGCGCCCGUGCCCUCCGCCCUGGCCGUCCGGCCUGGCGUCUAUACCCUAUGAGCCUCUGCGCUUCUUCUACUCGCCGCCGCCAGGGCCCGAGAUGGCAACUUCAGCCCUGGUCCCGGGCUCCACGACCUCCUGGCUCGCCUCCGCCUCCCACCCCGAGGAGCUGUGCGAGCUAGAGAUCCGGAUUAAGGAGCUGGAGCUGCUCACCAUCACUGGAGACGGCUUCGACUCCCAGCGCUAUAAAUUCCUGAAGGCGCUGAAAGAUGAAAAAUUACAAGGACUGAAGAUGACCAGGCAACCUGGAAAGUCGGCCCCUGUCUCCUGA